CAUGGAACUCUGGCCGGUUCUGCCCCGCGUGCUGGCAGUUGAGGCACCAACGGACCAGACCAGAACUCGAAGCUGUCACACCCGUUUUUCGACGUGACACUUUCAUACGUUUCCGACUAUUUUAAAGUGUAUUUUCACUGUAAACUCGGUAGCUCGGUAGAGAGGUUUUGUUUACAUAUUUGAUGAGUGUGAGUUAGCUGACUUGAGAUUUGGGACACCGGUCGUAGCCACACCGAGAAAGGACAACUUGAAGCUAUCUAGGUUUAUUAGAAGUAUUAACGGUUGCAACAGAUUCAACUAACGGUGACAUCUCUGAAGUGCUGACAUGACAGAGGAACUUGAGCAAAUUCUUUCACAGCUUACACAGCCUGACAAUGCAGUUAUCCAGCAGGCCACAGCCCAGCUGAAACAGGCUUUCAAAGACCCAGCCAUAAUCCCAGCCCUGUGUGCAGUCAUGAGUGGCUCCCAAAACCCCCAGAUUCGACAGUCAGCUGCGGUGAUGCUGAGGCUGAGAGUGAAGAAACACUGGAAGAAGAUCAGUCCUAAUGAUAGAGAGAGCCUGAAGGCAGUGGUGUUGCAGGCUUUCAUGCAGGAAACAGAACACACAGUGCAGCACUCACUGUCUCAACUGUGUGCAGUGAUGGUCAAACAUGAGACACCAGACCGCUGGCCUGCCCUGCUGCAGCUCCUCAAUCAAUCCACCAAGAGCAGUAAUCCCCAUGACAGACAGGUUGGCCUCCUGCUGCUGAACAAGGUGAUGGAGUCCAACCCUGAGCCUUUUAAGCCUCACUACUGCCAGCUGCUGCAGCUGUUCAGCACUGUGUUGCAGGACCACAACAACCCAACAGCCUUGUACUACUGCAUCCUCACCCUCACAGCCAUAACUGCAUUCACCGGCUCCGAAGAGAUGAAUCAGAUGCGUUCUAUCAUCCCAGGUCUGAUUGUGGCUCUGAAACACCUCAUUAAGGCAGAUCAGGGCCAAGCCAGCGAAGCAAUGGAAGUGUUUAAUGAGCUCAUGGAGAGUGAGGUGUCCAUCAUUGUGCCUCAUGUUGCAGACAUGGUUCGCUUCUGCUUGGAGGUGGGCAGUGACACUGCGCUGACUGACUCUCUGAGAGUGAAAGCUCUCUCUUGCAUCGCCUUUCUCAUCAAGUUGAAGAGCAAGACUGUGCUGAAGCAGAAGCUGCUGAACCCCAUCCUGCAGGCCAUUUUCCCUGUGCUGACUGCAGUGCCUCCACCUGGAGAGGAGGACCCAGAGGAUGAGGAGGAUGACAGUGGUGAUGGCACAGACAAUGACAAUCCCAAACACUGUGCUGCUCAGAUUAUUGACACGAUGGCCCUCCAUAUGCCUCCAGAGAAACUGUUCCAGCACCUGAUGCCUCUCACUCAGUCCUGCCUUGCCAGUGAAAACCCCUAUCAGAGGAAGGGAGGCCUGAUGUGUCUUGCUGUGUUGGCUGAAGGAUGUGCUGAUCACAUACGCACCAAGAUGCUGUCAUCAGUGCUGCAGACAGUGUGCCAGAGUCUGUCUGACAGUAAUCAGGUGGUGCGCAGUGCCGGCCUCUUUGCCCUCGGACAGUUCUCUGAACAUUUACAGCCUGAAGUGAGUAAGUACUGUGCAGAGUUGAUGCCUUUGCUCCUGGGCUACCUCUCAUCCUUGAACCAGGCAAAGGUCGGCCAUGUCACUAAGGCUUUUUAUGCCCUGGAGAACUUCAUGGAGAACCUAGGAGCAGAUAUUGAGCCCUACCUGCCCACCCUGAUGGACACCAUGUUGUCUGCCCUCAACAGCACUGACAACCUCAAGAUAAAAGAACUUGCUGUGUCUGCAAUAGGUGCCAUAGCCAAUGCUGCCAAGGAGUUGCUGGUGCCCUACUUCCCUCCAGUUAUCGAAAGCCUGAAGGGCUUCCUGACUACCACCACAGAGGAAAUGAGAUCUCUGCAAACUCAGUCCUUGGACACCCUCUCCGUGCUGGCCCGUACCAUUGGCAAAGAUGUGUUCAGUCCUCUUGCUGCAGAGUGCGUUCGGCUGGGCCUCAACCUCACCGACACCAUUGACGACCCCGACCUCAGACGCUGCACGUACAGUCUAUACUCUGCUGUGUCCACAGUCAGCCCGGACUGCCUGACUCCUCACCUCACUGCCAUUACAACAGUCAUGCUGCUCGCCCUCAAGUCCAACGAAGGCAUCACGGCACACCUUGAGGAGGACAAAACAUUUGUCCUACUGGAUGAUGACGACGACGAUAACGAAGAAGAAAAAGAUGCAGAUGAUUUUCUGGAAGAUGACACUGAGACAGAUGUCCAUGAUGUUGCAGGGUUCACUGUUGAAAAUGCUUACAUCGAUGAGAAGGAGGAUGCCUGUGAUGCACUGGGAGAAAUUGCCUUCAACACCGGUGCUGUCUUCCAGCCCUUCCUGGAGUCCAGCUUCCAGCAGGUUUACGAGAUGAGAGAUUUUCCCCACGAGGAUGUCCGCCGGGCAGCGUUCGGAGCCAUGGGCCAGUUUUGUCGAGCUCAGCACAAAGUGUGGAAUGAGAAUCCCAAUGAGGCCAACCACCAGGCCCUACUGAAGCUGCUGGAUGUGGUGCUGCCUUGUUUCCUGGAAACUGUGCGGACAGAUCAUGAGCGCCAGGUUGUAAUGGGCGUCCUGGAAACUAUGAACAAUGUCAUGAAGUCCUGCAAGGAGGAGGUUUUCAAAAACCCUGCACGCCUCAAGGAGAUCAGCUACGUCAUCCGUGAUGUGCUCAAGAAAAAGACUGUAUGUCAGGAUGGUGGUGGUGAUGAAGUUGAUGAUGAAGACCAACAGGCAGAGUAUGAUGCCAUGCUCCAAGAGUUUGCCGGUGAGGGAAUUCCCCUGUUGGCUUCUUCUGUGCCUGCGGACAGCUUUGCUCCGUUCCUGAACGACCUGUUGCCUCUCAUCAUGGGCAAAGCUAAAUCCACAUGCACAGUGGCAGACAAGUCCUUUGCUGUUGGUACCAUUGGAGAGAUCCUGCAGGCUCUCGUGGGCGUGUCCGGGGGCCGGGGAGUGGCAGGCCGACUGUCCAAUCGUUUGCUUCCCGUCCUGGUAGCUGGAGUGAGGGACAGUGACCCUGAGGUUCGCAACAACAGCGUGUUCGGGCUGGGAUGUCUGGCCCAGGCAGCCGGACCCAUUGUAGUAUCAGACUAUCCCAUGAUGCUGUCUGUGUUUUCCAACCUGCUGGUCAAAGAGUCGGACCUCAGGGUGAUCGACAAUCUGUGUGCUGCCCUCUGCAGGAUGAUUAUGAGUAAUGUGGAGGCCGUCCCUCUGGAGCAGGUCGUGCCUGCUCUGGUGAAUCGGCUUCCCCUCAAAGAAGACAUGGAGGAGAAUAAAACGGUGUUCAGCUGCCUGGCUAUGCUCUACACAAACAGUCCUGCUCUGAUUGUGAAGCUAAUGAAGCCCAUUGUUGCCGCUUCCACUCACGUCCUGGGAAACAAAGACGUCGAUAACGAAACCCAGAACACUUUGGCCGCGCUGAUGAGAGAAUUCGCUCAGCACCACUCUGCAGACUUCCAAGCAGCCGUGACUUCACUUCCUGGAGAGCAGCAGGCCACGCUCAGUGCAGCCAUCGCAGCCUCGUAGCCCACACAUGUCCUUCCACUCUUGGGUGAAAGCCAGCCAAAACAAUGAAUUUUUAUACUGUAGCUGGUAAAUGGGACAGUUAUUUGUGACUUUUCCCCAAAAAAUGAUCUAAAUACAGCACUUGAACCAUUCUGUGACAGUUAUUACUACAUUCAGCAGUUGUGCUUCUUAGUAUUAACUUUUAAUUUAUUUGCUUAUGUGCAUGCUAUGUUGAAGUUUUAUUAUUUUAAGAGUUACGGUUACCAUCCUGUGUUCCAUUGUGUUUUGUUUUCCUGUUAUUUGUUUCCUCUCCUGUCAAGUGCUACUAUGAAUUGCUGCUGUCCCAUGUUUGCCACUGUUUGGACAGACUUCUGGCUUUGCUAUCCGAGUGUGAAGCAAUGAAUUUGAUCUCCUGAUAAAUGUUAUAUUUCA